UAUAAAAAUAAAAACAACCAACCAAACGCACUUUGGACACCCUGCUGAAAGUGCACGUCUUGCUGCACUUCCGCCAGGCUGCCACACGGGGGUGGUAGCAAGCGCUGCUACAUGGAGCUCAAUUUUCCAAGAUGUCGUCGCUGGAGCAGAGGCUGUCGCGAAUCGAGGAGAAACUAAAGCAGGAAAACGAAGAGGCUCGGCGGAAAAUCGACCUCAACAUCGACAUGAGUCCACGUCGAUCGAACCCGAGACCAAUCAUCGUGAUCCAGCUCAGUCCUGCUCCAGCUCCUUCCCAGCGUGCAGCCCUUCAGCUGCCCCUGGCCAAUGAUGCAGGAAGCAGGUCAUCAUCUUCAGAGAGCUCGCCUCAGCACCACCCCUUUCGUCGCAGACAAAUGCUCACCCUCCCCACACCGCAGUACGGCCAACAGAAGAGUCUAGAGAAUGCAGAGAUUGAUCAGAAAUUGCAGGAGAUCAUGAAACAGACAGGUUAUCUUAAAAUCGACGGACAGAGGUAUCCAGCAGAGGUGGCUGAUCUGAUCAGUGAAGGGGAGAUUGGCAGCGGCACCUGUGGGCAAGUCUUCAAAGUGCGAUUCAAGAAGACUGGACAUGUCAUCGCUGUUAAACAAAUGCGCAGAACAGGAAACAAGGAUGAAAACAAGAGGAUUUUGAUGGACUUGGAUGUGGUGCUGAAGAGUCAUGACUGUCCUUAUAUCAUCCAGUGCUACGGUGCCAUAGUUACCAAUACAGACGUAUUUAUUGCCAUGGAGCUGAUGGGAACGUGUGCUGAGAAGCUGAAGAAGAGAAUUCAGGGCCCCAUUCCUGAGCAGAUUUUAGGAAAGAUGACUGUUGCGAUAGUGAAAGCCUUGUUGUAUCUUAAAGAGAAACACGGUGUCAUCCAUCGUGAUGUGAAACCCUCCAAUAUUCUCCUGGACGCGAAAGGUCAGAUCAAACUGUGCGACUUUGGCAUUAGCGGACGCCUCGUCGACUCCAAGGCAAAAACACGCAGCGCUGGCUGUGCUGCGUAUAUGGCGCCAGAGAGAAUAGACCCUCCAGAUCCCACCAAACCUGACUAUGACAUCCGAGCAGACGUGUGGAGCCUUGGCAUCUCUCUGGUGGAGCUGGCUACAGGCCAGUUUCCCUACAAGAAUUGCAAGACAGACUUUGAGGUUCUGACCAAAGUGCUGCAGGAAGACCCUCCUCUGCUGCCUCACAGCAUGGGCUUUUCCCUCGACUUUCAGUCUUUCGUCAAAGAUUGCCUCACUAAGGAUCACAGAAAAAGGCCAAAAUACCAUCAGCUUCUGGAGCACAGCUUCAUCCGGCGUUACGAGGUGCUGGAGGUGGAUGUUGCCGGUUGGUUUCAGGCGGUAAUGGAUCGCACCGAGUCGCCUCGCAGCAGCCAGUGUUACAGCCAUCAGCACCAGCUCCACUCACUCUUCAGCAGGUAGCCCAGAGAGCCUCCUCCUGUAUUAGCUUAGCUGUCCUCUUAAUUUAGUCUAGCCUUGGCCUAAGCAAGCGAAGCCUAGCCUUAGACUCGGCCCCGGCUGUCCACCGGAAAAGCCCUCAACCAGCGAGACGAAGACUCGAUGGAUUAUCGGAUGCAGUGAUUGACACCGGGAGGAACUGAUGGAUUGACGGCUGAUAGCAGUCAUUUAUCGGUCUGUUGAAUCUGGACAGGCAGACAUGGGAGUUAGUUUUAAGAUGUCAUUUGUAAACAUACACCUUUAUGUCACAUCACACUUGUAUAGACACUGAAUGUCUCAUUAUUCCAACAUUGUCACAUGUAUGUACAGACAGUCCCACGGUCAGUAGUAAUAUACUCACUAUGUACUGUAUAUCCACAUGGAUGAUCAAUGUUUGAAUAAGCAAUUUUAUAACAUCCACCAUUUCAUUUAUCAGCUGCAUAAUUGGGAGGAAAAACUGAAAAAAAUUAGUGUUGCACUCUAACUUUGUAGAACGUGACAUUUUUUUGUGUGCUUAAGAGACGGGAGAGGAGAGGGACGCUCAGAAGAGCAACAUCUACAUUUAGGAGGUGAGGUGGAUUGUCAGGAGUUUUCUGGAAAUGUGAGACGGAAAAGAAAAGGAGUGGUGUUGUAUUAACAGGAGAUUGUGUUACAUGUGCGGGGAAAGCGAGCUGUGUGCUUUUGAGAAGAAGGGACGCAGAACAGAAGACGUACAAAGAAUAGAAAAUAAGGUUGAUUUUAUCAGCAGUGGAGCAUGUCUUUGACUUCACUUGGUUUUUCUACCUCGUCUGUCGCCACUGUUUAGUGCUCAACAGUGUUUCUAGACCAAAGGUGGCGGUUGUUUGUGGAGGCCAAGAGACUCGAGGCAGUAAAAGGUCUCUUGCCUGCUUCAUGAAUAACUCACACUCAAACUGGUAUUCUCAAAAAGUGUCCAAAUAACUAGUCAAGCAAUGAAAUUACAAAGGCAAAAUACAACACAUAUUUCUAAAACACUGCACUCCUGUUCUCUUAUUUUACAUUUAGAUGUUAUUUUAGAAAAUCAGACAGCAUUCCACAAACAUAGUCACAUAUGAUGCAGAGAUCAGUAUCUUUCAUGAUGGUUAUCAAUAUUGUAUCCAUUCCAAAUAUUUUCCCAAAAAUCGGUCAAUGUACACGUCACAUAAACCCAAAUGCUGUCUGUAAAAUGGCUGAUCAAACAGAAUUCAUCGUCAUGGACCCACAAGCUGCAGAAGCUUGCUCUAAAUCAGCUAAACAGACUCAACAAGUCCACGUGACGUUUUUGGUAAAUUUAGAAAGCUGAAACAUUACAAAAAGAUGGCCAUUGUAAGUUAAAGACUAACAAAGACAUUCGUAAACGUGUUAGCUUAUUAGCUAAUGCUAACGACGCUUGCUUCAUUACAUUACAAUAGAACAUUCAAAAAUGCAUGAAAUCACUACUACAGACAUCGCACAUGGGACGGCUUAGUAAGUAAGAAAGAGAGAGUAGAAACACUAUGGAUGACUAGAAGACGGAACGGCACUUCUGCUUCUGGUUGAAAUCCGUCUAAACAGAAGGGCAAUGCAGCACUAAAACACUGCUCUCCUGUUCUCAGAAUUUGUUCAAAAAAGUUAUUUUAUAUUUAGAUGUUCUUUUAAAAAAUCAGACCGCAUUCCAUAAACAUGGUACAUAUGAUGCACUGAAAAGUAUCUUUAAUGAAGAUUAUCAAUAUUGUAUCCAUUCCAAAUAAUUUCCCAACAAUCAGACAAUGUACACGUCACAUAAACCCAUGCACAAAUCUCAGCCACUUGGGGUCGUAACAUUUUUGGUCGAUUAUAUACUUUUUUUAAAAUGUCUUUAAAUACACUAACAUUGACUUGACACACUAUAAUGUAGUUUCGAAAUGACAAUGGCCACCCUGUUCACUGUACCUUGCGAGUUUAAAACAAAAACAUGAAUAAAGUAUUUUAUUAUUAUAUUAUUGUUGGCAUUUAAGAUAGCUAGCGAUUAGCGCUCUAGUUGUCAGCUAGCGAUUAGAGGCUCAAGCUGGCAACUCACAAUUAGUGUGCCAGCAAUUAACGUGCUGUUGGCCAGCUACCUAUUAGUGGGACUAUACUGUUAUUUAAAUCCCAUAGUAUUGCACAAUAACAAGGUACCUUAAGGACCAGUUUAAGUCAAAACUUUUUUACAGGCUAUAUAAGUAGGGGGGUCCCUGCUCCUUGAGGAGUCCUUGGCCUGGACAACGUUGAAGACCCCUGCCUUUAAAUAUAAAUACGAAGGAACUGCACAUAAAACAGCCAUGUAUAUUGACAAAACCAAUAUUCUGUGACACUCCUAAUAUUGCCUAAUCAUUUAAAAAUAAUGUGAUUAAGGGGUCAGAGCGUGUUAUUUUCAGAAAUUGUCAUUAAACAAGUUUUUAAGUAACCUCCUACUGACUUUUAUGUAAUAUCCUACUAAAUUCUAUUGAGAACAGGCUGCAUCCACUCGCUAAUUAACAUCAACACUUAUAUUUGAAUGUUGUCUUUUUCUCCAGUUUGCUUUCUGUAUAGUAUAGCUCUUUUUUUAACUAACGUGUUUGCUGCCAUGUUUAAUGGCGACUGACUUUACACCAAACCAAAUCACUGAGAGACAGUAAGGAGUGGAUCUGAAAGAGGAAACUGUUAUGUGACAGAAGGGGAUGGAUGAUGGGAGUGUUGAGGAGAUGAGUGGAAAUAGAGAGGUGAGGGUGUUGAGAAAGUUGAAGCCUGAGAGAAACCUUAGUCGGAUGUCGGUAUGUGAUUAAACGAGAGGAAAAGACUAGUAGUUGUACAAAGCUUUCAUGGUGUUACACCAACCUGCCAAUUGUCAAUGAUAGCUUUUAGUAGAGCUAGUUAGCAUGAAAAAUGUCCGUUCCAACUACAUUAUUUAUUUACUGCUGCUACUAUUCUUUUUUUUAUUUUUUAUUUUUUUGCUUUAGAUGCUGCUGUCACUUAUUAUCCCCAAAGGACAAAUAUUUUGUAUUCUUUUGCCAAAUAAGUGAACUCUUAAUACAAAGUCUACAUGUUUUUUACCAAAUACAGAGGAGUACGUUUGAUGAAAGCUAACAGAAAGUGAGAGAUGGACACGCGCGGGACUGCGAGAUUGUUUUUUUCACUGAAAGUACUAACUCACAUCACCUCACAUCAUGUUAUGUCCAUUGUGGGGGUUAGAGUUCAUGUCUGUCUGUCCAGAUGCUUAAGUUUACGUCCAUCCGUGUCACCUGCAAGCUUGACAACUGCACACCAAAGGUGUCCACAACCCAAGGAAUAUGUUAUGACUCUUGUUAUUGAUAUUAUCGUUGAUUGCUCUCAGCUAUGAUAUACAUAUAUGAACUCUCUCUAUAGCUAAUAUGUCUAAGGAGCUAUAGGGGGCGCUGCGGUGUAGCAGUGCUCCCCCCCAUGUGUGUGUUUUAUACUGGACAGAGGGAGACUGGUGCACUGUAACAAAACAGGGACAAGCAAUCAAAAGUGCCAACUUACUGAAGGUUCGUAUCAGGAAGUCGAUUACUGUCUGGCAGAUUAAAUGCUUUGUCACUGCAGACAUCCUGGUACCAAACUGAAACCCGGCCCCACUAAUCCAAACUAGUGUGGUGCACAUUGAAAUUGUCAGUAAAAGCAAAACUAGAGCGCAGAGUUCCACCAAUGCCGAGGAAUUCCAGUCACACCACCAAAUUAUACACCCUAGAGUUCAUCUCAAAACUUGGGAGACAAACAUUUUUGCUGCAAAUUCCUAAAACGCUCCUGUUGUAUAGAGGAACUUAGACCACUCUUAACACUUUGGCAGAUCUUUGCGUUGACAUUUUAACCUUGCUAGCAAACAUACAACACUGGGGUCCAAACCGUGUUCAUUUUGUUGACUAAAAAUGUUCGUCUAUUUUCCCCUGACUAAAAUAGGACGAUAACAAAUCAAAACAAAUGCACGUUGACUAAAACGAUGACAAAAGUAAUUGACAAUUAAGUCAACGAAUAAAAACGAGACAAAAAUGUUGACAGAGACGAAAUCCAAUCAUAUUUAAUUUUGUCUUUAGACGGGGGAGACAAGUUAUCCAAUCACAGUUACAUGUGUGAAAGGGGGGAGAUAAAUCAGGACCACUGUCUUUCUAAGGCACAAUGUUUAGAUUUUUUCCCUGAGUAAACAAGACUGUACACUUAAAUAAAAUGUUUUCUACGCCUGACUGAAAGAGAAGCCGUGUAAACGUACAUCACCUCGUUGUAGACACGUUGUAAACCCUGUGGCUCGAUUUUCUCCGGUAAAAAUACAACCAUCUUGACACGCCGUCUGCAGGCUUAUCAUCUAGAUAUCUACACAACAGUAUUUAGGCUGAAGCUAAUAUUUAAAAAUUGCUCAUACUGUUCUGAAUUACUGUUACUAAUAAAGACUGUAUGACAGGAGCAAGACAGCUUACUUUACCACUUCUUUUGUAGUAGACCAUAGCCCGCCAAUUUAAUAAGCAAUUUUAUUUUUAAAAGGUAACACAAAGAAACAUGGGAAUGUGAGAUAUAAGCACAUUCUAGAUUAAUAACACUGGUUGCUGCAUUUAAACAGGACAGUGGCUAAGAUGCCAAUUGGGCACUCAGUGUAGUUAUACACAAUAUAAAAUAAAACUACUUUGUUUCUUCAUAUGACCAUAACACACCCAAAAAUAUUUUCACGCACUGAACACUGGCGUUGAGUGUGUUCUUUUUUUCUUUUUUUUUUUUACAAACUCGUAUAGAUCAGUAAUAUUUGUAUUUGGUCAUAAUUGGCUAAAUAAGUGGUAGACCUACAGUACAUGGUCAAAUGUACACAUUACAUUUUAAUGAUGGAACAGAAAAUAGUUACACAGUUAUUAAACGUCAUAGUUUAAAUAUGAAUCUUCUAAGUUUAUGCACUUCAAAUUGCCAACAGUGUAUGUAUACAACUUUGUGUAUGUAAAUAAUGUAACACUUUAUAUUUUGGUCGAUUAGAUUUACUGUAACUUUAGUCGACUAAAAUAAAUUAAUUUAGAUGACUAAAAUAUGACUAAGACUAAAAAGGCUUUUGGUCAAAAGACUGAGUAAAAAUUAAAAACUGUUGUUAAAAUUACCACUUGGUGCAAACUUGGGAUUUACAUAACUUAGGCUUUCCGCAAGGCACACUUUUAAGUCCUCUUUUUCUGGGGGCAGUUAUGAAUUUUUUCGAAAGUGAUUUAUGUAACUAUGGUUUUGCUGUAGCUUGUUUACUUCAGCGAAGUGAAGUAAAUUCAUGUCGGGCUUUUUCUGUAAUGACUUAAGCGUGUUACGUUGAAAAACAAAUUAUCUACA